AUGGAGUAUGUCCUUGUCUCUCUACUGCCUUCUUCCGCGCCGCGCCACGAGCGCCAAAAAAAUCCCCUUUCUUGUUUCGGUGUCCCAGGGAGCGAGUGGCCCAUGCUAGGUCUAGGUGAUGAGGAUGUGGCCGGGGCUGGAUUCAAAGGAUUUUACCCGAUUGUCGCGUUGCAGAUGAUGGAUUUGCAUACACUGGCGGUGAAGUUUCGUCAUGAAAAUGAUAUCCGGUGUUCGAGUGAUCGGUGGGGUGCAUCAUUACGAGGGUGA